AUGAGACUUAUCUACGAAGCAAAUACAAUCAAAGAGGCGAUAAUGACGGAUCAACAAGGAGGAACAGUUUUGGGAGGAGUUCGCGAUGUCGAUCCAAAUGCAAACGAUCUUCAAGUCGAGAGUCUCGCUCGUUUCGCUGUCGAUGAGCACAACAAGAAGGAGAACGUGAGUCUGGAGUACAGGAGGCUCAUCGGUGCGAAAACGCAGGUUGUGGCAGGAACGAUGCACCAUCUGACUGUGGAGGUGGCUGAUGGUGAGAAGAAGAAGGUGUACGAGGCCAAGGUUUUGGAGAAGGCCUGGGAGAAUCUCAAGAAGUUGGAGUCCUUCAACCACCUUCACGAUGUUUAGCUUCAAAACACAUCGCAUUCUACGUGAUAAUUAAGAGUCCCGGUUUAACCAUUGGGUUAACUCGUUAAAUAAUAAGUGAAUGUGAAAUUCUACUCCAUGUGUUUGAUUUGAUGUUGGUAUGUGUAAUGGAACUAGUAUGGUGUUUAUCUAUUAGUACUUUCGUUUUGUGUA